AUGCAUAAACCCGUCGGCUCUGAAAAAGAGCCGCCUCCGCCACACACGUGCUGUUUUUCCAUGGUAUCAAAAAAGAAGUGAGACAUUCUGCGAGGUGUGUUUUUGGCUGUUCGGGCAGUCGACCUCUUCUCCGGAGCUCGAGGAGGCGGCGCCUGUGUGACCAGUUGCUCGGCGCGGCUGCACGGCACCUCCCUCGGCUUUCGAAGAAAUCGCCACUCUACACCGUUUCCGUUGGCCGUUCCCUUUGUCAACCUCUGA